GCUCAGGUUUGCGUUGUCAGGCAGAUUCUUAACCGAUGGACCACCAGGGAAGUCCAAUUUGUAGUAUCUUGAAGACUGAAAAUAAUAUUCUGAAUUGUUCACGAUAGCGCCAAACGGGAAACAACCUGAAUGUGUCUCAGUGGUAGGAUUGAUCAAAGAGUUGUGAUAUAUUCCCUGAAACAGCCAUAAGAGUAAGCCAGCUGCAAUCCCAGUGAACACGUGGGCGAGGCUGGAACCCCUGACGCAGAGCAGAAGAGAGGAGCUGGGACGCAGGGCCUGUGACGUGGUUCACAGUGGCGGGAGCACGCCCUGUGGUUCAGGGCUGUGCAUAUCAGAGGCUCCAGGAGAAAGAGGAGUGUGGGAGGACCAUCAGGACGUGCCUGGGGCUCCCCUGGAGCCUGGCCUGUGCCUGUCGUGGGCAGAAUCUGGACAGCUGGCCCCACGUGGCUGCAAAGCGAGGAGGGUCCUCCUCUGUGACCUGGAGUGAGCAGUGGGUGGGCUUCAGGGCAGGCCUGGGGCCCUGACCCAGUUUCCCCCCGGCUCUGUUUGCUGCCCUCCUCGGCGGCCCUGUCGGACCUGGGGCCGUGGCGGCCUGGUUCUGGGCUCACCCCCAUAGGGGAGGCCAGGAGGGUGUGAGGUGGGAAUUCCCUGCAGGUCUGACCCCCCAGACGCUGGCGAGCCUAAACCCAGGUUCCUGGGUGAUUCAGGGCCGACAUCAGCGGCUCAGGGGCCAGAGCGGGUUGCUCUGAUGGUGGCCGGUUGUGUCCAGACAGCUGAGCUGAUGCAGCGGUGCGCAGAGAGGCGCCUCCAGGAGGAAAAGUCCAUGAAGGAGCUGGUGGAGCAGGUGAUAGAGACACAGAAGAACGUCAAGGUGGCGCAGACGGAGCUCCGAAAGGGCCGCCGGCGGAUAGCUCAGGAGGUGACGGAGGAGAACCGGGAGCUGCUGCAGCGCAGCACGGAGGCGGCCAAGGAGGAGCAGAAGCGGCGCUGCGACCUCGUCUCCCAGCUGCGAGCCCUGGAGUUUCGGCCCACGCGCAGGGGCAAGCUGGUGGACCUGACCCAGGCGGAAGGCGGUCUGGACCCCAGCUGGGGUCCACCCGGCCACUCACGCCCAACUGCCCCCUGCCCGCUGUGCUGGAGGACCCGGUCCGGGGAGGCCUCUGGCACCCGGGGGGCCGGCGGGCAGCUUCACAGACUUGCGUAUUGA